AUGCUGGCCAUUGGCACCCUACUCCUCUUGACGGCGAACCUCAUCGUCACCGCAGCGCCUCAUGCACGCGGACAGACACUCGACCCCCGUCAGAUCGUCACAGCAAACCCAUCCGUGGCCUGCUGCUCAAGCUGCACCGGCGCGUACGACCCAACUACAUACCUCAAUGGUAAGGCACAACGACGGCCACCAGCGAGCACCACUGACGGCCUGACAGUCUUUGACGACUUCUGUGGAUGGGCCAAUCUUGGCAUGGAGCUCUGGACGACUAUGACGUACGUCACCGGUGACUCCUACUGUCACCCGGGCGGCAGCCACUGCAUCCAGCUCGCCGUGUCGUAUGAGUGUGAGAAGCCAUAUAUUGGUGAAGUGACGUACUCCGGCUGCAUGGGCUAUCUCGGCCACGCCAUCAAUCCGAACGCAUGCGGUGGGCCGCUGUAUCGAGGCGCACGUAUUCGCAGUGCAGAUGGCUGCUGGAUCUUCAUGGCAGUCGGCGACAGUCCAGUACCAGCAACGAGCCAUGUCAGCCUCCUCGAAUGUGAUGGUGACGAUUGUCGCCCCCCAAUGAGGAUUGAGACCAUGGCCGUGCCAGACGAGCAGUGGGAGGACUAUGUCCAGGUCUCUUGA